CGGCCUGCUUCCAAACAACCUUCUUUCUUCCCGAGCUUGAGCCCCCAUCUAACCAGUGGCGCGUGAUGACGACACCACCAGCCGUUGCUGCCCCGUUUAUCGUCUGAAACCUCAAUUCCACGUUGUUUUGCAUCAAUUGAGCCUCCGGUAUCAUCUAGGGCUCAUAUUUUUGGUGUCUCCGCCAUGUCCCUUGUCUCUGACCAGGUCCGACGUUUGGAUGCAUAUCUAGACCGGCUCCCUGUACUAUCCGAGACGCCCUCAGAGGAAGAUGGAGCUUCCGAGCAUGGUCAUCAUGACCUGAUUACGGCCGAUUCUCUGGCAACGCCCAAGCUGAACGAACUGCUCCCGCUUGUCCGAGCCCUUAGCACCACAUCGACUUCUGAGCCGUUAUUGCCGGUAGACCGUGUCAAGUCUCUUUUGCUUCAAUCGGGAAUAGCUUCAAUCGAUAUAGCAACGACAAAGGGCACCGACAAUGAUGUGGAGAGCAAAACACCUUACGAAGAAGAAAUCGAAUGGCUUUUGGUUAGCAAAGCUACGGUACAUAUAUACGGAUCAGUCCUCAACACCCUCCUCGACCGCAUUAUACCUUUAAGCGAUGAUAUAUGGUACUGGUCUGAGAUCCUCAACUCGUACACAUACAGUAGUGUCUAUACAGUUCAAACAUCGCCGCUGCGACUAUGGGCUUGGACAUUGGAUGUAUACUCGACAAGCAAGGCUCGCAUGCGAUCUCUUUCAAUGAGACAAGUUCCGGGCGACUUUGUUGAAUCUACAAGCUCUGGUAUGACCCAGCAAUGGAGCCAGUUUUAUAACAUUGUCCGUGAGAGCAUCACUGAACGAUCUCUGGCUAAUGUCCAGCGUAAAGUGUUGUCGCCUCUUGCACUGUGCCGGUCCGUGGCCAGAAAGAAGCAGGCAUCACUGCAAAGGCUCCGCGAGAUUACUGCAAGUGGUCUUGGUGUGCUGAUGGACGAAGGACUCCAGUUUGACCAUGAGGACGAACCCAAAUCCGCCCAGCUGCACUCGCCUGACUUGAAAGGAAUCGUUGAGCGCAGUGUUGCUCUAAUUGAUAUGGUACUGAAGGAGGUCUGUUCCCUGGACACUCCACUGGGCGACUUUGAGGACAAGGUUUUUGCUGGUGUCGAAGAGGACCCUGAACUCUCCAUUCAUUUGGAAGAGUCUGCCACGCCAGAGCGGCCUGCAGUUUUGGCGCGACGCCUACUCCGCAUCAUCGACAAGAGCCUACCCCAGCACAUGAUAUCAAUGCAGGCUCUAGCCACAAACAACGGACGACCUAGCACGCUUGUUCGAUGGUGGUUACCAGCUUUGAUAGGUUUGGUGUCCUCAACGACAGUCCUCCGAGUGCUCACAAAUCGACGCGCGGAAAUCAUCGAAUGGGUAACUGAUUUGGGAAGUACAAUCCGCGAUUUUUGGUUCAACUGGAUCGUUGAGCCCACUCAGAAAGUUAUCAAAACGAUUCGACACGACGAAACGAGCGAGAUUGCAAUCAUGAGCCGCGACAGCCUAAAGGCGGACCGUGAGAGUUUGGAGAGAAUGGUGGUUGAGUUUGCUGUUGAUAAGCCUCACUUUGCAGGUGCAGCAUCAAGCUUGACUGAGUCUCACAUUGAUGAAAUCCGACGAAAGGUGGCCGAAGGUGAUGUCACACCUGUCUUACGAGCCUAUGAAAAAGACCUAAAGAGCCCAUUCAUGGGUGCGCUUCGAGGUGACCUUGUCCGAUCGCUGCUCAUUCAAGUUCAAAAGACAAAGGUUGACUUGGAGGUUGCUAUGACUGGUAUUGACUCGCUUCUUAAGAGCCAGGAGCUUGUGUUUGGCUUCGUCGGCCUCACGCCGGGUGUGCUAGUCUCUAUUGGAAGCGUCCAGUAUCUGCGAGGCGUGUUUGGCGGCCGCAGUGGUCGCCGCCAGAGCCUCCAGGCAAGUCGGGUCGUUCGAACACUUCGAAACAUUGAUCGCAUUUUGUCAGAGGCGCAGCCAACACAGAAUAACGUGCUCUCAUACAAGGAUCACGGUCUGCUUCUGUGUGAGGUUCACGUACUACGAAGUAUGGUGACGAGGCUCAUGCCUCGCGAUAUUAGAAAGGAGUUUCUGGAAGAUUUGGAUGACCUGGCGAAUAUCAAAGGCAUCCCCACGCAGGCCAAGGCGCUUGAGAGAAUUCGAUGGGCCUAUGCAAGAUGGCUCUAGCAGAAGAAUGAACAGUAUCUAGCAUAUUCCGAGGCGUUAUUAGAUUUGAUUUAUCAUUUGCCAAAUACGGCAAUCGGCCAAAAGCAAAAGUAGACGUAUGUUGGCCAUGCUUUCAAUUAUAUAUGCCAAAAUCCAGGGACUUCCCGUAUACUUGCUCCAAACAAAAUGUACCAGAACGCCAUCACUUAGUUGAUAAGAAAGUAUAAAAGUUCUGUACGGUGAUUUAGACAAUCUUAGUGUCGUCUUUCACGGUGACUGGCUUCUCCUUCAGCUCCUUUAGACAUGGUGCAACAAACAUGUCGCCGGUAAUGACCAUGUAAGUCGUUCUCGUUGCAACCAUGAUCCAGAGAGCUACAACCGACAAGGAGAUUAUCUAGCAAGUAAUAUUAGUAACCUGCUACUAUUUUGUUUUGCAGUAGAUGCUGUAAUCGGAGAGAAGAAAUUAGCUUACCAUGGUAGCAACCUUGAAAAAGUCACUGUUGACAUUUGCUGCCAGCCCGCCUGUACAUGUGCCCCAGACACCAAGAGGGAAGGUAAAUCCCCACCACCCCAUGUUAAAUGGGAAGUUUUGCGUAGUAGCCAGACUGAUGAGGGCAAAGGACACCCAGACGAGGGCAAAUCCCCACAUGAGGAGGGCGAGGAAGACUCCGACAACGUAGAGGAUCUCGGCGCCACGUGUAGCGUCUACACCGGCGACAUUGAACAUUUGGCUUUCAUGUAAGCGCUGAACGGCAACCUUGCCCAACUGCUGAAUGCCAAAUCCUCCCUGACCUAGAAAUCCAACAGGCAAGAAGACGGAGACGAUGACCUCGCGGGGGGGGAGCGAGUGGACUGUUAGGCGGUGGAAGUACAAGGCCAAAACACAGGCGGAAAGCGUCUGGCCGAUUCCCCAAAGGAUGUAAGAGAUGAUGAGAGUGGUAAAGGCAUGGUCCGGGUUAGGCAGAACUUCGGCAACGAUACCGCCAGUCGCAGCCGCGACGACCACGGGGACAAUGGGCAGCAGAAGGGCGGCUGUUGUAUUCUUCAGGCCGGGUUUGUGGCGGUGCAUUACGAUAAAGGGCAUAGAGAUGCAUGUGGCCAUGGAGAGGAAUGUAUCAAUCCACCAAAAGGCCCAAGCGAGAUGAACGACCCAAGUGCCCCAUGGCCGCAAGCAAAAGAUCAUCAUGUUGAUGAUGGCUAGAAAGAGGCAGCGUGUUAGCAGAUGUUUUAUAAACGAUGAUGUCAAAUGAGCCCUGUUAGUCCAGGAUAGGGACGCAACAUACUAGCAAAUCCCAUUGGGAAGCAGCCGAGAAAUAGAGACUGAGCUGGAUGGGAAAUCAUGGCGCCCCAAAUCUCAGGGAACAGGGCGUAUCUUGCCACAGAGAUGAGUGUAAAGGCCGUAAACAAGAGCACAUUGAGUGCAAAGAAGAUGUAGGAGAUGUAUUGGAUCCAGUUGGCAUUAUAGGGGAGGUUGUGUAGGAGAAUGGAGACGAUGCCAGUGCCCAUGAUGACGGAGAACCAACUGUAGAAGCACACAUUAUGUUAGUAACAUGCUCGCCACUACUGUGACAGGCUGUAAAAGGACUUACGAAGGCGUAAAGUUGCGAACAAUCUUGCGCCAUCCUCGCUUAUUCUUACACGGCCGCUGCGACAGAGCCGCUACGGUGGACGAGUCGUCGACAAUGGAUGAUUGGGACACUGGUCGUUGGUCGUGAUGUUGCUGUUGUUGGAGUUGCUGCUGGCAGGGUGUGAUUUCACAUGCGGGCGUAGCCGUAGCAGCAGCAGCACACACCUGCAUAUUAGUCGAGUCUGCCAUUGUAUUUUGGGCCUGAGAAAGAAAUACUUGGUGAAACAAUGCCCAAAAGAACAAUCUUUGAAAAGUAAGAAUGAAGAACAAAUAAAUGGAGUGGUUUUUAAACACUAGAGAAAAAAAAAAGCUUCCCGCCGCACUUGUCAUGUGGCGCCGAGUGCUUCGUUUUCCAGCGCCAGUUCUAGCGCGUGCCACAGCGAGUUUUUUUUCUUUUUUCCUCUUCUGGAGACCGCCAACACGAAAAGGUGGAGAGCAAUGAUGUGACUGAAUCACCCAAUGCGCCGAUGUGCGGAGAAUCCGGGUCGUCGCAGUCAAACGGCAGGUCGGGAAUUCAUAGAUGAAAGAAUGUAAGGCGUAACAGAAAGCCUAGUUUCUUUCUUUUUCUAUUCAAAAAGUCGGGCUGGCGGCUGCAGAUCAUAGUGGUGGUCACGCGAAGCUGUAGACGACUACGCCAUCCCAUUGUCCGAAUGCCGAGUUAUCGCAGCAUCGCCAUCCCAUCGCGCCAACAUGCGGUCAAGAAGGAGAAAAUAGAGGCAUGCGGCUCUGCGGGAAUAGCGGAAGGAAAAAAGAAGCCAAUCGAAGUGCAUUCCAUUGGCCAGGUCAAUGCAAAGAGUUGCAUCUGCUUCGGCUUGGACGGCAGUCUUCAGUGUGUCUACAGCGCCGGGUUCCCCAGCACGGCGGGCGGGCAAUGCUACGUCAGGGCGGCACAGGAAUGCCGCCGGGUCCUCGGGGGUUGAUGCCCGGAGCGAUGGGCCGGGGCGAUGACGACGGAAACCCGGGAAUGAGUUUCGU